AUGUCGCGGCCGGUGGACAAGUAUGGCAAGCUUGGGGACGCGGCCUUCAGCAGGAUGGAGAAGGUCAAUGCGGACCUCUUCCUGCUGACCUACGGAUCCCUGGUGACGCAGCUCCUCAAGGACAUGGAAGAUGCGGAGGCAGUCAACGCGCAGUUGGACAAGAUGGGCUACAACAUCGGCCUGCGCCUCAUCGACGAGUUCCUGGCCAAGAGUGGCGUCACUGCGUGCCAGGACUUCCGAGAGACAGCUGAGGUCGUUGCCAAGGUCGGCCUCCGGAUGUUCCUGGGUGUGGGUGCGGAGGUCGUCAUGUGGAACAAGGAAAUGACUGCCUGCUCCCUGGUGUUGGCGGAGAACCCGCUGGCGGAGUAUGUGGAGCUGCCGGCGAACUUGGUGAACAAGCUCUGGUACUCCAACCUGCUGUGCGGCGUCAUCCGCGGCUGCCUCGAGCAGCUGCAGCUGCGGGUGGAGUGCCGCUUCGAGAAGGACGCCCUCCAAGGCGACGACCAGACCAUGAUCCGCCUCGAGCUGAAGGAGGUGCUCCACGAGGAGUACGAUGACGACGACUGA